AUGGUUGAGAGUGCGGUGCACACAUUACGGGUAGUGCGAGACUUUCCUCUCAAGUGGAGUGGGAGCAAGAAUGGUUGUGUACUGGCUAGUAUAUUACGAAACGAACAAGUGAAGCGUGUAAGUCAGAUCCCGGAUCCCAUAUCACUGGUCUGCGAGUAUUGGUUCUUCCGUUACAGUUCAGCGGUCUGUGUGCUACAUGAUGUGACGGAUUUGUUGUCAUUGUUCCGUGAUGAAGCGCAACAGAACUGUGCAUUGAUGCGCCACAAUGCUUAUGCGGGAUGUAUCCCGCUUUCCGAUCUUGGACGACAGAGCAUGGUCGAGUUUGUGAGCGACCUUAAAAAAAAGGAAGCUCUUGAACGACCCAGCCAACAAAUUCUCAACGCAUACCCUGAAGACCAACUCACGCAAUGGAACGUCACUAGUCUACCACUCGAUAAGGUCUCCUUCAUGCUCUCCUAUCUCAACCAACGUAUGGACCUCAAUGACAAGAACCUCCAAGACAUCUGGAAACUCAUCCAUUACCUAAAGAUGGAAGCCGACUUCAACGAUGAUGAACUUGCUAUCGUAGGCAUGCUCGCACGCAAAAUGGAAGACUUCGAAAAUCUCCUAAUGGACAUGUACCACAGUACAGCACACAAAACAAUGCAAAUUAAAGAAGCCAUCGACCUCGGUACACACCAAGAUGAGAUACCCUUCGACGGGGAUCAACCAACACACUCCGCCACUGCACCUCCCCCUCCUCUGGGCUGCAGUUCACUAGGCGAUACCCACCAAGGUGGUACUUACCAAGGUGGUACUUACCACGGUGGUACUUACCAAGGUGGUACUUACCAAGGUGGUACUUACCAAGGUGGUGAUGGUCUUUACCCGGGAGGUACUGGUCUCCUCCCGGGCGCCAGUCUGGGGGGUCUUGAAGAAAGCUACGCCUGUCCAGUACGUGGCGGCGUCGGUCCACCUAGCAAGCUCCAUUACGAACCAAUCAACGAAGCUAUAAGACAUCUGCCAUCCAUCAAAAAUGAAGAAGACGAAGGGCGUAUCAUUGCACAACAUAGGCGAACCAUCCCGGCCGCAGCUACCUUCCUUCUCGACAACCAAUGGGGCUAA